CCUCCUCUGCCCUGCCCGGCAGGAGCGACGGAGCCCAGGGAGCAGGAUGCUGCUGCUGCUGCUCUUGGUGCUGCCAGGCCCCGCCGGCUGCCCCCGCACGGAGCCCCUGAGCGGGUCCAGCCCAGAGCCGCUGUUCCGUGGGGCCGAUCGCUACGACUUCGCCGUCGUCAUUCCCGGCGGCACCGUGGAGUGCUUCUGGCAGUUCUCACACCAGGGCGGCAACUUCUUCUUCAGCUACGAGGUCCAGCGGGCAACGGGGAUUGGCAACAGCAGGAACAUCUUGGUCACGGCGAGUGACCCCAAUGGCUUCCAGCUUGGAGCCUCCCAGGACGUGCGAGGGCAGAUCAACUUCCUCACCAAGGACACAGGUUUCUACGAGCUGUGCCUGGACAACCAGCAAAACCACUUUGGCUUCAUGCAGGUGUAUCUCAACUUCGGUGUCUACUACGACGACUUCAACAUGGAACACAAGCAGCCUGUGGAGAAGAAGGAGCUGAAUGACACGCUGGAGGCAAUCAAGAUCAGCAUCCAGAGGCUGCAGAUCCACACCUUCCACAUGUGGCGUUUCUACAACUUUGCCCGGAUGCGGAAAGGGGCUGACUCCUUCCUUCUGGAGUCCAACUACAACUAUGUCAACUGGUGGUCGAUGGCCCAGAGCUGUGUCAUCGUCCUCUCCGGGGUGCUGCAGCUCUACUUCCUCAAGCGCCUCUUCCAUGCACAAACCUCUGGCAGCCAGAAAUGCUAGAACAGGGCAGGGCUGCCAGUGCCUGGUGACCCCGCUGUGGAGUGGGAGGAAAGGCCAGAUCCUGCUUCCAGGAAGAGCUCCACUCCUGCCUCCAGCUCUACCCCUAAAAUCAUCCCCAGAGAAGCCAAGCAUCACACUGUCACCUGAACUUUGUGUGGCAGAAGUGUUUGUCACAUCCCUGCCCAUCAUUAGUGUCCCACUGGGCCUUUUCUACCAGACUCCCAAUAAAGGAACCUCUGGCACAUUCUGGGAAACGA